GAUGUUUGGGUUAUGGGGGUUAGCUAUGUUUCUGUACGAAUGUGAGCGAAUUUAGCCACGCUCUUUUCUCUGCGUUCCGCUAGAAUGCCGCAUUAAUGUCUCGUUUCUUAGAAACAGCGAGGAAAAAAAUUUAUAAAUUGCUUAGAAGAAUUGUUAGUGUUAAGAGACUGAGAAUAGGGCUAAGCCUAACGUCAAGAGAAGAGAGCAUUUUCGGAGUGUUGCAUCGAAAUCUUUUAUCGGAGAAAUUUUUUUUCGUUUUUCCUGCAAUGUAAAUUUUUGGAUGGGGCUUUUGUGGUUUCGAUCUCACAAUUUAGUUCACUAAAUACUUGGCGAACCCAAACGAUUCCGCGCUGUGCUUUAGCUCUCUCCUCACAAAGGAUGGCGUAGUUUUUUUCUUUUAGCUGCAAGGUAACUGUUUUUCCCUUUUUUAGCGUUCUGCUCCUUCCUAGCUAGCAUAUACAUCUAUGGUCAAUUUAAGUUUUCGUAGGGUUUCCACUUGCAUUUCGGGCUCCAAUCGAGCUUUGUUAAGCGCUCGCGAUGUGAAAUGAGUGGCACAUGUGCAGGCGAGUAAGCAUGCGACGUAUGACUCAUGCAAAACCUACCUAACCUUUUUUUGAGUUUUUUUCUUCAUAUAUUCGAAAACAAGUGCUCUAUUCGCAUUGCAGGUGCUUAUUUCUCCUCCCGAACAGUCCUCUCUUGCAGUACGUGUUUUGGUUUUUUUGUUUUCAUUAGGGUAUCCUUUGCCUUCUGUGUAUCUUGCUGUGGUAUUUGAGGACGAACUGCUUCCAUCUCCACAGCCUUCGUUUGGCUCUUGAGUCAUGGUCAUGGAAGCGCCGUCCGCUCUCUGCAUAGGGCGGGAGUUCGUUCGGCAGUAUUACACGGUGCUCAACCAGUCCCCCCUCCACCUGCACCGGUUCUACAGUCAGGACUCGUCGUUUGUGCACGGGGGCCCCGAAAAGCAGCCGUGCGUGACGGGGCAGCAUGACAUCCACCGGCGCAUCAUGCAGCUGAACUUCCGUGACUGCCACGCCAAGAUCAGGCAGGUGGACUCACACUCCACCCUGGGCUUGGGAGUGGUGGUGCAGGUGACGGGCGAGCUGUCCAACGGGGGCCAGCCGAUGCGGCGCUUCAUGCAGACGUUUGUGCUGGCGCCCCAGUCCCCCUUGAAGUACUACGUGCGCAACGACAUCUUCCGCUACCAGGACGAGGUUUUCACGGAGGAGGAGGAAGAGGAGGACCCCCAGCCAGGGGAGAUGGGCCACCAGCAAGUGGCCGGAAAGGAGGGCACCCCCGUCAGCCCCGCGACCCCCUCGGACCCCUCGGGGGCCACGUCCGGCGUACCCGUUGCCCAGGAGGCCGCCGUGCCGGGAGAUGUCGGCAACGGCGCCAACCCGGCCUCCCCCUCGGCGGGCGCUGGCACCGGGCCGACCGCCAACGCUUACUACGAGCAGCAGGAGGUGGUGCGCAACGGGACGUCUCACCUGGUCUCGGAGAGCGACCUGUCGUCCCAGGGGUCUGGGCCGGCCGACAGCCUGCAGGGCAGCCCCCCCGAAGCGUCCCAGGCCGGAGGAAACCCCCCGGUCUCUGCCCCCCUCGGCUGGAAGGAAGAAGAGCCCGCCCGGCCCGCCACCGUGUCUGCCCCGCAAGUCAACCACCAGGCACCUGUAGAGACCAAGACGUAUGCCAACAUGGUGAGCAAGAACCAGACGCCUCUGUCCUCUACCGGCUUCACCUGCCUGACACCGGCCCCCUUUGGGGGAGGAGCUCCGACCAGUCACGCCCCCGCGACCAGCCACUCCCCCUCGACACCCUCUGGCCGCUUCGGUGGGGAACCCCUCCCACCGAGGGGCGGAGACCAACGUGGACCCCGCCCGCAGCAGUCUCGUCCACAGGCACGACCAAUGGCCCCUCUCAUGCCCCGGCGUCCGGACCGGGAGGUGUCCUCCGCUCCAAGGGGGGACGGGCCGCCCCUCGGAGGCGGGGACGACUCUGUGGGCUCCCUGGGGUCUGUGGGUCCACGACCGGGGGGUGGGGCCAAGCCCCAGUACCCGGACGUGCAGCAGGUCUUCGUGGGCAACCUGCCCCACUCGAUCACGGAGGACCAAGUGCGAGAGCGCUUUGAGGAGUUUGGCCGCGUCCUCGAGUUCCGCAUCAACCCCAAGCCCAGCAGCAAGAUGACCUCUGGAGGGAAGACCGUGCCGAAUUGCGGUUUCGUCAUAUUUGACAGUGCGGAAGCAGCCCAGGCAGUUCUGAAAAACACGCCGAUCCACAUCAACGACACCCGGGUGAACGUGGAGGAGAAGAAGACGAAGCAGAAGCUGGCCACGGAGGGCCGGCCCCCCUUCUCCUCUGGGGGCGGGUCUUCCCGGGGAGGCGGAGUCAUGCAGAGGGGUGGGCCCGGUGGGGGCAGGGGCAACGGUCGUGGAGGCGCUUUUCCUCGCGGCAACCGCCCCGGCGGGCUGGGGCUCAGGCACUGAGGAGCGGUGCCUUGACGAGGAGCCCUCCCUCGGUGGACGGACCCUGCCUUCUAAACACAGCGUGGCUUCCUGCCCCCGACUGAACCCCAGAGAGCGGGUGUCUUGUCCGCACUCUUUGCACUAGGCCCUCUCCCGUUAACACCUUUCUCCCGACAUUUUUUUUUUUUUUUUUUUUUAAUGUAUGUUGACGAGUUUAUUACGUUCCUCGGGAGUUUAGGGUAAUGAAGCUGCCUCGUUUAUUACCGUCGCAAAGGCUGUGCCUUCUGCUUCUGAUGUUUUUUUUUCUUUGUUAGGAAUUUUUUGUGCGCAUAUUGCCAAACUUUUUUGUGCCCCGCAUUUUUUUUCUUCCUUGGGGUUUUGGAACUGUAGUAGGAUUUGUUUUUGUUUUGAGGGAAGGUGCAAUGCAUGGAAGGAGAAGACACUUUGCUGCUGUUUACAGCGGGAGGCAGGAGCCUUCAAGGAACGGAAACUAAGCAUAAAAGUGACGAUUAAGACAGAAAAAAAAGCACACCUGCGAUUCGCAGCCAAGGAAGGAUGACUUUUGGAAAUGGAAGCUUUCCUUGCCGGUCAUUCAACUGUCCCCUUUCCCCUUCCCCUGCUUUUUUUUUUUUUUUUUUUUGGUAUUUGAAUUUUUUUGUGAGCAUGUCUGGCUUGUGUAAAUGUUUAAGGUUUUUUUUUUCUUUGUAAGAAAACGGAAAUACCAAAAAAAGUUUUGGCGCCGAAAAUAGGCUUCUCUCCCUCCCUGUCGUUUUUUUUUUUUUUUCCUCAAACUUUUUUUUGGCGUUUUCUCUUGAGACAUUUAUUUAUUUGUGGGCCUUCUGUACAUACCGAGUGAUGCCUUGGCCUUAGAGAAAAGGGAGGGGGAGCAUUGGGUGUAUUUAGCAGCGUCACCUCGAGGUGGAAAGUGUAGCUUUUGCCUGGGUUCACUUCCCGUGUACAGACCUCCGAGGCGAAAAUUGCCCAAAGCAGUUUUCCUCUCUCCCCCACUUUGCCUUUGAGCGUCACACGGCAAACAAGACGGCAGUGGGAGUUUUGCAACCUUGUAUAUAAAGAGAAAUUCAGAGAACUGCAGAGCAGAACCUGAUGCAGCGUUUCUGUGUCCAAUUUCAGUUUUUUUUUCUUGCAAGUUUACGCUUGACCAAGCAAAUGACUGUCUACGCAGCAGUGAUGUCUUUUUUUUUUCUUUUUUCUUUUUCCUCCCGCAAUUCAUCGUCAUCCGCUGUUUUUAUAUAAUGGUGAAAUCAUUAACCCAUAGCCGUAACUUAAGAGAAAACGCCCAUCUAGUGAAUGAAAAAAAAAAAAAUAAAGAUGGAGCAAGGUGUCUUUCUGACCUUGUGGCUUGGACAAAUGG